AGACUCAACUUCUCUUUUUCUUCUCCGCCUCACUCUACUCUCUCCCUCUUUCGUUAUUAUACCAGUCUUCUUCUUCCAAUUUGAAUCUAACAAUGGCAGUUAUUUUCAAGGAUCUUCACACAGAAACUGGUCUCAAAUCUCUCGAUGAUCAUCUCUCCGGAAAAUCCUACAUCUCCGGUGAUGAGUUGACCAAGGAUGAUAUCAAGGUGUACUCUGCCGUAUUGGAGAGGCCAGGUGACUCUUUCUCGAACGCGAGCAAGUGGUAUGAGAGCGUUUCCCAACAGCUUGCUGCGAGUUUUCCUGGCCAAGCCGUUGGUGUGAGGUUCUCCUCUCAAGGUUCAGCUGCCUCUGCUCCUGCUGAGGAAAAGAAGGAAGCACCUGCUGCAGAUGAUGAUGAUGAUUUGGACCUAUUUGGUGAUGAGACCGAGGAAGAGAAGCAGGCUGCGGAAGCGAGAGAGGCUGCAGCUAAGAAGGCAUCUGCUGGCAAGAAGAAAGAAAGUGGAAAGUCUUCCAUUCUUUUGGAUGUGAAGCCAUGGGAUGACGAGACAGAUAUGAAGAAGCUAGAAGAAUCUGUUCGCAGUGUCCAGAUGGAAGGUCUCACAUGGGGAGCAUCAAAACUGGUUGCAGUUGGAUACGGAAUUAAGAAGUUGACAAUUAUGAUGACAAUUGUUGAUGACCUUGUUUCCGUAGACAACCUCAUUGAAGACUACCUCACAGUCGAGCCCGCCAACGAAUACAUCCAAAGUUGCGACAUUGUCGCCUUCAACAAAAUUUAAGAGGAUCACCAAUUCACCAAAAGUAGCUCUAAAAGAUUUUGUUUUCGUUGUGUCAUCUGUAGGUGUGUGUAUGCUUUGAGAGAUGAGUGGGGCUGUAGAACACUGAGAUUUAAUUUUACCGGAAAUGUUCUUGAUGGGAUUCUUUUUCGUUGUGUCAUAUCAGUAUGCAGAUUAUCAUAGUUUUAACAAUUAUGUUUUGUCUCUAGUGCAAAUAUUUUAUGGCUCUCCAAAGUUAGGGGAGAGUUGGUAAGUAUGGAAAGAAUUUUGAAUAAUUUAUCCUCUGUUUUAUUUUAGCAUUGUUAUAUAGUA